CAGGAAGCACACACAUCACUGAUCGAGAACUUACUACAUAGUACACCAAGAAAGCAAGCGACGACGACGUCUGGGAACGACGAAGCCGAAGCCGGAGAGCUAUACUAUACCUGUCAUCCAACCAGCCAGCCAGCCAAGCCAUCAUAUCAUGGUGAAGACGGCGGCGAGCAGCAGCAGCGACGACGCCGCCGCCGCCAAGAGGAGGACGUACAAGGGCGUGCGGAUGCGGAGCUGGGGCUCGUGGGUGUCGGAGGUGCGAGCGCCCGGCCAGAAGACGCGGAUAUGGCUCGGCUCCCACGCCACCGCCGAGGCCGCGGCGCGCGCGCACGACGCCGCGCUGCUCUGCCUCCGGGGCUCGGCGGCCGACCUCAACUUCCCGCUCCGCCUCCCGUUCGACCUGCCCCCCGCGGCCACCAUGUCGCCCAAAGCCAUCCAGCGCGUGGCCGCCGCCGCCGCCAGCGCCUCCUCCUCCUCCUCCUGCGGCGGUGGCGGCGGCUUGCGCGCGCCGCCGCCCUUCGCGCCACGCGCCGAGAACAACGGCACCAGUGCCUGCAGCGACGGCGACGGCGACGCCACCCCGGCGUCGAGCACCACCAGCUCGCCCACCAGCCACGCCGACGACGUCUCCUCCCCGGACUCCACCGUCAGCAGCGCCGGCGACGUCGACUACUACACCUCGCUCGCGGACAUCGACGCCUUCUUCCAGUCGCCCAAGUGCGUGGUGGACUACGCCCUCAUGGACCCCUGCAGCGCCUUCUUCGCGCCGGACUCGACGGCGGCCGACGACGACGGCGGCUGCUGCUGGGCCUGGGAGGAGGACGGCGGCGGCAUUGCGCUCUGGAGCUUCUCCGCUACACUGGACUGCUGAAGUGUGGGCGUCAGGGGAAGCGGAAGCGAUUCGAGUCAGUCACUGACUAUAGUCGCCGAUCGAUCAAGUGACAGAAUUCCAUAUAUAUAUAUACACGUGAUAAUUAAUUCAAUUCCGUGUUUGUAAAACAUUCGUAAUAAGCUAAUUUAAUUAAGCAUCGUAGGAGGAGCUCUCGUACGUGGAGCUACAUGUUUUAAGGUGGCUUCCAUGGAGUUAACCUCUUUACUGUUGCUUGAUUAUGAGUACAAAAAAAUCAACUUUAUUGCCAUUAUAAUUGCAG